ACGCCGUUGUCGGUUUAUCUAAUUGCGGAUAACACAAGGCAAAUCAACAUGUGACAUUGUGACAAUAACAUUUGUUAACGGCUGCGAGGAUAUUGAAUUCAUGGUGAUUCAUUGCCAGCAUAUUGUAAAUGUAAUCCGAACUUGGUAAACAAAUGAAUUAUGCUCGAUUUAGUGUUUUUAAAUGAGUUUAAACAAGUUUAAAACAAGUGUGAUGAAGACAAUUGAUGAUUUGUUAAAUUGGUUGCGGAAAAUUGUGAGAGUAACGCCAUCUAUACAAUCAAAUUUUCACUUACAAUCAGCGACUGUUGAAUGUUGCUGGCCGCAGCUCGCUCCGCAUGCAAUAGAAAAGCAUUAAAACCAAUGUGACGUCACUGCGACGUCGUUAUCGAUCGGGCCGCGCGGCGCACGAUAGGCGGCUAACGACACGGCGUCGCGCCGCCGCCGCCGCCGCCGCUGACUCGCGUGCACGAUUUUACUACCGCUGGACUGGCGGACGACGCACGGUCGUCGUUUUUCCACCGCUGGCCGCCGUCGCGUCUCGUCCACCUACCGAAAAUCACUCAAAAAUCCCUCAAUUUCAAUCUGAUUACGCUAAAAAUGUGGCCGGAUGAACAAUCGCAUUGGCUUGCGAUGCAGUGCGGGCUUCGAUAAUAUGUGCGCGGGUGGUUUUCGGGGGAGUUUUCCGCAUGAGGAGGCUUUUUUACGACCUGGACGCGGGUGUACGAAAUAAAGUGACUAACGGACGCAAUCGUGGAAAAUGUAAGGAUUUUCACCCCCGAAACGAACAAAAACAGGAAUAUUACUUAAAAAAACAAUUUUCAAAGUUAAUUAAAGAUGUGCGUGUGGCUUAAAAUGAACGGUGUAGUAAGCUAGCGUGCGGGUGCGUGGCGGCCAUCUUGUGCGCGUCGGCAAUCAUGACGCACGCGGAUGACGAAGAAUGAAGAAGCAAAACGUUCGCACGCUAUCGCUGAUUGUGUGCACAUUCACGUACCUGCUCAUCGGCGCUGCGGUCUUCGACGCCUUGGAGUCGAAGACGGAGCGGCAGCGAAAAGAAAUCUUUCAAGAAAUUGAAAAGAUUGUAAAGGAUAGAUACAAAAUAUCCGACGCGGAUUUUAAAAUAAUGGAGACUGUCGUGCUGAAGUCUGAGCCGCAUCGUGCCGGAAAACAAUGGAAGUUCGCCGGUGCGUUUUACUACGCCACGACGGUUCUAACCACAAUUGGUUACGGCCAUUCUACGCCAAGCACCAUCGCCGGCAAGCUUUUCACCAUGUGCUAUGCCAUGAUUGGCAUCCCAUUGGGUUUGGUUAUGUUUCAAAGCAUUGGUGAACGUGUCAACAGACUUAGCAGUGUAAUAAUAAGAUCGGUAAAGUCUUCCCUCAACUGCCGUAAGACGACAGCGUCCGAACUGGAUUUGAUCUGCGUUGUGACCACUCUGAGUUCGUUGACGAUCGCAGGUGGCGCUGCUGCAUUCUCACGCUACGAAGGCUGGAGCUAUUUCGACUCGGUCUACUACUGUUUCAUCACGCUGACCACAAUCGGCUUCGGGGACAUGGUGGCGCUGCAGAAGGACUCGGCAUUGAGCGAUAAACCCGAGUACGUUAUGUUUGCGCUCAUCUUUAUUCUCUUCGGGCUGGCGAUUGUUGCCGCCUCGUUGAAUUUGCUCGUGUUGCGGUUUGUCACGAUGAACACCGAGGAUGAACGAAGGGACGAAGCGCAAGCUAUGCAGGCACUAGCUGGCGCUGUGAGGCUUGAAGGUGAUGUCAUCACUGCAAAUGGCUCCAUUCUCAGCGGUCACAUCGGUCACCAUUGUACAGAAACAACUUCCCUCGAUCCCGAUGAUACCUCAGUGUGUUCUUGUCCGUGCGGAUGUUUUCCAACCAACAGUAAACACAGGUUUUCGGUGAGAAGAUCAUCCACGCAAGCGCGCCAUCUACUGCCGGUGUUGCCAAUGCAUGAGCUGCACUUGCCGCAGGGGCAGCAACUGCCGCCUCCGGCUAUUUACCCGAAUCACCGUGCCUCCAUAUGACCAUCUCACCGCUACCAGCGCUCGUCGUCGAACUGAGCGACGUAUUCUCAACGCAGUAGACACAUUGUGAUAAUGCGGGCGCCAUUUAACCUAAAACAUAACUGAAAAUCGAAACAAAACAAAUGGACUGUUGUGUGCUGAUUGAUUUAGAUUUACUAAUCGGUAGGUAAUUACAAACAAUUCAAUAACGGUGUGAUGAAUGCGCGAAUAUGUGUCAAAGCAACAAAUGCGAAGCGAAUACGCACCAAUAAUGUACUUUGCUUGCACGAAAACAAGAUGGCGGAUAUAUGCCUGCGAUUUCCACACGAUUUUUGCGAUUUUGCGACGAAUUUAUUAACGAUUAUGCUUCCAUUUAUCGAUUUAUCAAACAGAAUAUUUCUACGCGUAACAAUUGGGAACAAAUCGUAGCUGAACGCGUUGAUUAAAUCACAGAUUUGCCAAAAAAUAAAAACAAAACCUACACAAUUUUCAAUGCGGUUGUUACUUGUUCUUUGUUUGGAAUUGCAUUAAUUAAGAACAAAAUACGGACUGAUGGGUGCUUCCUAACUAUUUUAUCAACAAAUAUUUUCACUUGUUUCGUUAUUUUGUGUGAAGCUGGGAGAUAGGCAACCAAAUCAUCGACUUGUGCAUCAAUUAUUUCACAGACAAAGAAAUACUUAACGAUUUGAGUACGUAGGCAACCCAAUGUGCACACAAUCGAGACUAGCCAAUCGCACCGCCACACGAAACCAACCGAAUCAAUUAUUACUAUCUACUCACUCAAUACUAAAUGAUAAACAAACAUAUUGAAAUAUUGACAUUAGAAGAAGAUCCCCCAAAAACCACAACACGCAUAUAAUAUUCCUAUAUUUGCAUAUUCGCAUUGACCAAUGUUUUCUAUGUAAUAGAUUCGUUUUUGUUAUUUGUUAUUUAGUGCUUCCCAUUUUGUACAUAUUUAAUUGUUGUCAAAUUGUUGUCUUUAUCAUUAUCGUAAAUGUUUGCGAGAACACGCCAAAGAUGCAAAUCGAUGCGCCAAAUUUUAACCUAAAUAUGCCAAUUGAUAUUAAACCAAGAUGGCCGACAUGUUCUUAUGUUUAAUCCAGCGCGCCAUGUUUGCUCUAAAAAGUCUUUACUAAUCUACAUAAUCUUAAACAUUUGCAUUUGAACUUUAUUGACAUAUUGACUAUAUAUAGGGGUGUAGGACGUGAUGCAUACAUUUUGUACAUAAUCAGACUGUUUUAAUGUAAAUAUUAUCCCGAGCGAGAAUAGCUAUUAAAAAUUUCAAAUAAAGAAUCAACCAAGAACGUGCGGGGAAUACAACAAACACAAUGAAAUAAAGUAAAUUUAGUAGUUGCGUAAA